ACAGGGUAUAAGUGCCCACAGAGGCGGCGGGGCACUGCUGCUCCCUGCUGCCGAGCGCAGCAGAUGGCCGGGUGCAUGGUUUUCUUCCGGCUUCUGCUGCUUGCCGCAGCCUCAGGCCUGCAAGCAGGUGAGGCCUUCAGAUGCUUUACGUGUGAGCAGCCCACACCCAUCCCUUCAUGCAAGAACAUCACUUACUGCCAACCUGAGGCCACGGCCUGCAAGACCACGCUGGUGCAGGUGGAGUCAGAGUACCCCUUCCACCAGAGCCCCGUGGUGACCCGGUCCUGCUCCACCUCCUGCAUCGCCACCGACCCUGACAGCAUCGGGGCCGCCCAUCCUGUCUACUGCUGCUUCCGUGAUCUCUGCAACUCCAUACAGGCCACCAGGCUCAGCAUCAGGGCCCCGGCCCCGCUGGGGGCCCCGCUCCUUCCCUGACCCCACACCUGCGCCUGCAGGCCUCCGCCGGGGCCCCCUGCCCUCCACGCCCCACCCUUGCAAAAAAUAAACAAGGCCAAGGCGGAACUGA